CAGGACAUUGUCAGGCUCAUCUGAAUGCCUCAAGUCCCUGCUGACACCGUCCUCCGGGCUGCUGCUGGCCGCAGCGUCCCCCCACCUGCUCCUGGCCUGGCCCUGUGGCCAUCCUGUGAAUGUCGCCGGCACUGUUUCGCCUGCUCCUCCUGGCCCUGGGUGCGGGCCUGGCCACAGCUCUCAAUCCCACGGAUCCCAAUGUGUGCAGCUUCUGGGAAAGCUUUACUACUACCAGCAAGGAGUCCCAAACUCGCCCCUUCAGCCAACUCCCUUCAGAGCCCUGCAGCCAGCCCUGGGCGAGCCCCCAUUCCUGCCCCAGGCCCACGGUUGUCUACCGGACCGUGUACCGUCAGGUGGUAAAGACGGACCACCGCCGGCGCCUCAGAUGCUGUCAGGGCUACUACGAAAGCAACGGGGCUUGUGUUCCGCUCUGUGCCCACGAGUGCGUCCAUGGCCGCUGUGUGGCCCCCAACCGGUGCCAGUGUGUGCCAGGCUGGCGAGGUGAUGACUGUUCCAGUGAGUGUGCCCCGGGAGUGUGGGGGCCACACUGCAACAAACCCUGCAGCUGUGGCAACAGCAGCACCUGUGACCCCAAGAGUGGGGUGUGUUCCUGUCCCUCGGGCCUGCAACCCCCGGCCUGCCUCCAGCCGUGCCCUGCUGGCCACUAUGGCCCUGCCUGCCAAUUCAGCUGCCAAUGUGAGGGGGCGCCCUGUGACCCCCAGACAGGAGCCUGCGUCUGCCCUCCAGGGAGAACAGGGCCCAGCUGUGACGUGCCCUGUCCCCAUGGCUCUACUGGCUACUUCUGUCCCAUGACCUACCCCUGCCAAAAUGGGGGCAUCUACCAGCCCCAGGAGGGCUCAUGCAGUUGCCCACCCGGUUGGAUGGGUGUUAUCUGCUCCUUGCCCUGCCCAGAGGGCUUUCACGGACCCAACUGCUCCCAGGAAUGUCGCUGCCAUAAUGGCGGGCUCUGCGACCGGUUCAGUGGGCAGUGCCACUGUGCUCCGGGCUACACUGGGGAUCGGUGUCGUGAGGAGUGCCCGGUGGGCCGCUUCGGGCAGGACUGCGCUGAGACGUGCGACUGCGCCCCUGGCGCCCGCUGCUUCCCGGCCAACGGCGCGUGUCUGUGCGAACACGGCUUCACCGGGGACCGCUGCGCCGAGCGCCUCUGCCCCGACGGCCGCUAUGGCCUCAACUGCCAGGCAUCCUGCACCUGCCACCCUGAGCACAGCCUCAGCUGUCACCCGAUGAGCGGAGAGUGUUCGUGCCUGCCGGGCUGGGCAGGCCUGCACUGCAACGAAAGCUGCCCGCGGGACACGCACGGCCCAGGCUGCCAGGAGCACUGUCUCUGCCUGCACGGCGGAGUCUGCCUGGCCGACAGCGGCCUCUGCCGAUGCGCGCCUGGCUACACGGGCCCGCACUGCGCCAGCCCCUGUCCCCCUGACACUUAUGGGGUCAACUGCUCAGCGCGCUGCUCGUGCGAAAAUGCCAUCUCCUGCUCUCCCAUUGAUGGCACGUGUGUCUGCAAGGAAGGUUGGCAGCGUGGUAACUGCUCUGUGCCCUGUCCACCUGGAACCUGGGGCUUUGGUUGCAAUGCUACCUGCCAGUGUGCCCAUGAGGGAGUCUGUAGCCCCCAGACUGGAGCCUGUACAUGCACUUCUGGGUGGCAUGGAGCCCACUGCCAGCUGCCCUGCCCGAAGGGGAAAUUCGGCAAAGCUUGUGCCAGUCGCUGUGACUGUGACCAUGCUGAUGGCUGCGACCCCCUGGAUGGCCACUGCCUGUGCCAAGCUGGCUGGAUGGGCACUCGUUGCCACCUGCCCUGCCCCGAGGGUCUCUGGGGAGUCAACUGCAGCAGCCCCUGCACCUGCAAGAAUGGGGGCACCUGCAUCCCUGAGAACGGCAGCUGUGUGUGUGCACCUGGCUUCCGAGGCCCCUCCUGCCGCCGCUCCUGUCCACCGGGCCGCUACGGCAAGGGCUGUGUGCCCUGCAAGUGCAAUCACCACUCCUCCUGCCGCCCCUUGGACGGCACCUGCUAUUGCCUGGCCGGCUGGACCAGCCCCGACUGUUCCCAGCCAUGUCCCCCAGGACAGUGGGGAGCCAACUGCUCGCAACUCUGCCAGUGUCACCAUGGUGGCACCUGUCACCCCCAGGAUGGGAGCUGUGCCUGCCCCCCAGGUUGGACUGGACCCCACUGCUUAGAAGGCUGCCCUCCAGGGGUAUUUGGUGCCAACUGCUCCCAGAUGUGCCAGUGUGGUCCUGGAGAGAAGUGCCACCCAGAGACCGGAGCCUGUGUGUGUCCUCCCGGGCACAGUGGUACACCUUGCAGGAUCGGAAGCCAGGAGACCUUCACCAUUAUGCCUACCUCCCCACUAGCCUAUAACUCUCUGGGUGCUGUGGUUGGCAUAGCUGUGCUGGGCUCCCUCGUGGUGGUCCUGGUAGCACUGUUUAUCGGCUACCGUCACUGGCAGAAGGGCAAGGAGCACCAGCAUCUGGCAGUGGCCUACACCAGUGGGCGACUGGAUGGCUCCGAGUACGUCAUGCCAGAUGUCCCUCCGAGCUAUAGUCAUUACUACUCCAACCCCAGCUACCACACCUUGUCACAGUGCUCCCCUAACCCGCCACCCCCCAACAAGGUUCCGGGUGGUCAGCACUUUGCCAACCUGCAGGCCCCUGAGCGGCCAGGUGGGGCCCAUGGGCAUGAGAACCACGCCACCCUGCCUGCCGAUUGGAAACAUCGCCAUGAGCCCCCUCCUGGCUCCCUGGACCGGGGGAACAGCCGCCUGGACCGGAGCUACAGCUACACUUACAGCAACAGUAAUGGCCGCGACCCAUACUACAAUAAAGGGCUCAUCUCUGAGGAGGGGCUGGGGGCCAGCACAGCUUCCCUGAGCAGCGAAAACCCCUAUGCUACCAUCCGGGACCUGCCCAGCCUGCCAGGGGGCCUCCGGGAGAGCAGCUAUGUGGAGAUGAAGGGCCCUCCCUCGGGCUCUCCCCCUAGGCAGCCCCUUCAGCUCCGGGACAGCCAGAGGCGGCGGUGCCAUGAGUCACAGAGGGACAGCGGCACCUAUGAGCAGCCCAACCCCCUGACCCCUGACCGAGACUCCAUGGGCCCCCAGCCCCCGCUGCCUCCAGGCCUGCCGCCCGGCCACUACGACUCACCCAAAAACAGCCACAUUCCGGGGCACUAUGACUUGCCUCCAGUACGGCACCCCCCGUCACCCCCACUUCGGCACCAAGACCGCUGAGGGGCCACUGGGGUGUAGCUGAGACCAGCACACCCACCUCCAGCUGCCUGCAGCUAAGGAUGGAGCCUGAUGCACCCUGCCAGGUGCAGGGAGCAGGCUGCAGGCCACGGACGCGAACUUGCGGUAUGGAGGAGGACAGAGGACGUGGAUGGAGAGGCGGAGCUUGACUCCCACAUUUCCUUCGGAGUCAGCAGGAGAACUGGUCCCCUGUGGCCAGCUCACUGCUCCCCAAGGCCCAGGGACCCUGGGUACAGACAGAAACUGGUGGGUGUGGUGUUUCCAGAUGGCUAAUCCCAGAUGGGUUGAAGUGUGUAUCAGGUACCUGUG